AUAUAAAAUGAACUUUCGUUGGCGGUAGAAGGUUUUAACUUUUUCAUAAAAAUUUUGUUAAUAAAAACCAUGGCUAAUUCGAAUUACUUAUCAAUAUCGGAUAUUUUAGUUACUAAUGAAAAAGUUCCUUGCAAAUUCUUACACGAUUUACCUAAAAUGGGUUUCUUGGAUCCUUCGGCUGUUGAUGAUGAUUUAAAAGCUGGUACCAACGUCGAAAUACCUUUAUGGCUAGCAGAAUAUUUGUAUAUUAAACGACCACCGAUAGUGAGCGUGGAUUUACCAAAAAUAUACAAAGAAACGUACAGAGAGAUACUAAAUGCAGAUGCUUGUACUGUUGACAUGCAAAAAUUAGGACAGCAUUUUUACGAAUUUGGAUGUUAUAUCGCCAAGCAUGAUAUUAAAGGGGAAGUUGCAACAACAUUGGUAAAUACAUUUAGACAAAGAUUUCGAAUGAUCUUAUCGGCAAGUGUGUCCACCGACUCCAUUAGUUCAUUUCAACCCUUAUCAGCAAGUGAAAGAGAUCGGACAGCUGCAGCUGUGGUCACAGAGUCGGCAUUAUCAGGCUGGCUCAAGAAAGGUGAAUGUCCAUUAACAACAGCCAAUAUGGUUGCAAACCAUCGAAAACGGAAAAGAGCUGAAAUGGAAAUGCUAUAAAUGUAAACUAUGUAAUUUGUAAAUAAAUUAGUUGUUACUAUAAGUAAUUGUAAAUAAAUAAUGCUGUAAAUAUU